CAUUCGGUUUUGCGCUUAUCAAUAAGCACCGGUACAGUCAUACAGUGUGCAAGUUUCUGUUAAUUUUUGAAUCACUCUUCAUUGUGGAUUUUGAGGGAUUUAGACUGGAAAUUCAAAUUGUUCAAUGUAUUAAAAGUUCAGAAGAUACUUGUAAAGAGAUGUAAGGACACUGAAAUCGCUUACUCGCUUCAUUACAUCCAGCUUCAUCGGCUGAAAAAGUUUAACUCGAAAUAUUCCAAUCAUGCUGUUCGAAAGUCGUAGAAUCUUACUUGGUUUUCGUAUCAAAUUGAGUUUCGAUGCUCCUUUGAAGAAAGAGAAUUCGUACAUAUUUGUCAAUUUGUCGAAAACACCAACUAUCGGCGAUCUGUCGAACGCUAUCAAAGAACGCUUUGAAAUUCCUCAAGAUAUUUAUAUCGCGUUGAAUGAUUGCCGUUUGUUGAAUUCCGAAGACAAUUCGGUAUUGAUAGACGUUAACGAAGUGAGAAUAGUACCGUGUAACGAUGGAAAGAAUAAUUCUGCUUCGAAAACUUCUCAAGAAUGUGGAAUUCUUCGCCCCAACAUACCAUCUGCUGCAGGUUGCCUCUCAUUGGCCGACAACAAUAACGAAGUAUCUGAAGUAGACGCAACGUUACCCGCGCCCAUUUCAAAACCGCCACAAAGUAAAGAGCUGAUCGCCAGUACAGCGAGUGUGAAUGAAAUAACCAAUCGUAAAUCUAGACGAUAUUAUAGCAGUGUAGCCGAAACCAUGAAAUAUCUUAGUCAGAAAUUCAAACUCGAAUCGGAAAGCGAUUCCGUUUCACCGAACGGUGUAGUAACAUCGGGCGAAGAUCGUAAGGAAGAACAGAGUACCGCUGUCGAUGAGUUAGAAACUAUGCAAAAAGGAGGAGAAUCGUGUCAGCAGAAUGAUAACUUUUGCGAAAAAAACGACGACGGUUUUGUGGAGAAGAGAAAGCGCAAACGAAAACGAAAACAUUCCAAAAAAGUGGAACGCGAAUCUAAUUUUGGCGACGUUGCCCUCGAUAAUCAGUCCGUCGAUUCUAGCAAAGAAGCUUACGCCGAUAGUUUAUCAAGCAAAUCUGCUCGUACGCAUAUAUUUUUCGAAGGCGAUAAUGACGAAAGUGCUGAAAUGAAAGGAAAUUCGAUGGAAUGCGAUUUCUCUAAUGACGCAUCUUUCCAAACACCCUCGUCCAAUAAAAAAGCGCGAAAGAUGGAAAAAAACGUCGUAAAUGUUGGGACCGAUGUCGUCGAUAUGGGCGUAAUCAUCGAUAUUACACGCGGCGGUGAUAUUGCGGAGGAAAAACAAGCGCUUCGUAGUUGUUCGAUCGAGUCGGACGUUAUUCCGAUUGCCAAGUCCUCCGAAUCGGAGAUGAAAUCGUCUCGCGAGCUGAAGUAUUCCGAUUCGAAGGUAUCGCUAUCCAACGACCACGAUGUGCCCUCUUCAACUUCCGCUAAACAAUCGAUUACUUGUGAUAAAGUCAACGAUUCGGAAUCAAAGUCAUCGUCGAGUGACGGUUUUUCGUGUACGGUCAACGCGAAAAUAAAUGAUCGGAAUAACUUUCAAACGAGACAAGUUCCUAGCGUAACUUGCGAUCCUUUGGCUACUUUAUUGAUGUGCAAGCAACUCCAAUGCCCGGUUGAAUACCGUGUACAAUAUACACAUCCGAACGCGCGAAGCCGAAGUAACUCUUGCACAUCCGUACGAAGUAACAAAUCCAGCAUUAAUGCUCGUACAUGCACUGUAAUCGAUCUAACUGCAGCGCCGUCACUCGAUAGCGUCGACCAAAAUACAUCAAAACCUAUCGAAGACAACGAAUGCGAAGUAAUUUGUCAAUAUAAAGUUGCCGGCGGCAAAAUUCUGACGCGUGAUUCCCGCGGAUCGUGGAAUAUUCUCACCGAGAAAGAAGCUGCCUUGAAACUUCAACCUGUGGACGUGCCGCAAGAAAACCAAAGCUUGGUAUUCCAGAUGUUAUACUUGGGUGCUGAUAUGUGUCCGACCAUGAGUGAUUUAAUAUGCGGCAGAGUUAUUACAUUUCAGAAAAGUAUCGGAAGAUUGACUUUGAAUAUUUUACCCGAAUUCGUCGAAAAUUUACAGAAAAGUUGCGGAGAAGAUGCUGGUUUACCCGACGAAUUAGUUCAUAUUACAGAAAAUGCUUAUCAAAUAUCGUGGAUGGCGGUGAAAAAUCCCAGACUUCUAAUGUAAUUUUAUCGUACCUUAACUACCUUUUUAUACGUAUACCUAUUACCUACCUCUAUAAUAUUUUUUAAACAAACGAUGUAGCAUCUGGUUUUAUGCGUGAAUAUUGAAUACACACAGUUUCAUUAUA